CGUCCCCAAAAAAUGGGGUUUCAUCCUUAAUCUCUGUCAUUGCGGCUAAUUUUGAAGGGGGAUGCUCCAUUCCUCAAGCAGAGCUCCUCCCUCUAGCUCAUCCAUGUUUUUUUUACUUGUGCUUGACUUUGUAUCCAUACACAACGUUGAUAGGUUGUUAACUUGCCGUUCAACCUGUGGUGCUUUGUGCUGUUUCAACCUCCUGGCCUUAACUUGUUCGACGUAAUGUCCCAGAGAGAUUGUUUUUUAUUCGGCCUGACUCCCUAACACCUUUGAGAGGCGAAGACACUCGAAGGGCUUUUACUGACCAGCUCUACACAGCCUUUGUGGAGUAAGGCUUUCCCACGUUCCGAGAUGAAGAAGAACUUGAGAGAGGAGAAAUAUUAAGCCAGAAUUUGAGAAAGCCAUCCAACAGUCACGAAGUUCUGUCAUUGUAUUUUCAAAAGACUACCCAUCUUCCAGAUGGUGCCUUGACGAGCUUGUCUUGAUCCUCAAACAGAAGAGGAUCUCAGACCAUGUAGUCUUACUAGUCUUCUACAACGUUGAUCCUUCCCACAUGAGGCACCAAACAUGAAGUGUUGGAGAAGCAUUUGCUAGGCAUGAAGAAAAUCAGCAAUCACCGAACAAGGUCAAACAAUGGAGGGCAGCACUAAGAGAAGUUGCAGAUCUAGCAGGGAUGGUCUUACAAAACCAAGCUAAUGGGUACGAGUCAAAGUUUGUCAAGCAAAUUGUUAAAGUGGUUGACGAAAACUAAGUCGCAUGCGCACACCCUCUAUAGUUGCAUCCUACCCGAUUGGAAUUGAUUCUCGAGUCAAAUAUAUUAAUUCAUGGUUAAAAGAUUGAUCAGCUAAUGUUGGUAUAAUUUUAGUUAAUGGGAUUGGCGGAAUUGGAAAGACUACCAUUGCGAAAUUUGUUUAUAAUUUAAACUUAGAAAAUUUGAAGGAAGUUGUUUCCUUGAAGAUGUCAGAGAAACUUCAAGACAACCCAAUGGUUUAGUGCAACUACAACUUCAAUUUCUUUAUCAUAUUAAGUGGAAGAGAAGUGAAAAUACAUGGUGUUAGUGAGGGAAUAAAUAAGAUUAGAGAUGCCAUAAUCUCUAAAAGAGUUCUUCUUGUUCUCGAUGAUGUGGAUGAUAUGCACCAAAUAAAAGCAAUAUUUGGGAUGCUAGAUUGGUUUUAUCCAGGUAGUAAAAUAAUCAUAACAACUAGGUAUGCAGGGUUGCUAAGGGAUCAUGAACUCUCUACUUGCAAAGUUUACAACGUUGAAACUCUGAAAGCCAAUGAAUCACUGGAACUCUUCAGUUGGCAUGCUUUUGGACAAGCCCAUCCAUGUGAAGAUUACAUGAAACUUUCAGAGAUGAUAGCAGACCGAUGCAAAGGACUUCCAUUAGCUCUUCAAGUUUUAGGAUCUUCUCUAUUUGGACGAACUAUAGAUGUAUGGAAAAGUGCACUAGAGAAAUUAAAAGCUAUUCCAAAUAAUGAAAUCCUCCAAAGACUCAGAAUAAGCUACAAUGCUUUACAGGAUAACCCCGAUGACCAAAAUUUAUUCCUUCACUUGCAUGCUUCUUUGUCGGAAAGAGAAAAGAUUAUAUUGUUAGGGUACUAGAUGGAUGUGAUUUCUUCAUAAUUGUUGGCAUUGAAAAUCUUCUGGAUAGAUGCUUGGUAACAGUUGAUGAAAAUCAGAAGGUGAGUAUGCAUCAAAUGAUCUGUGACAUGGGAAGAGAAAUUGUUCACCUAGGAUCAAAGGAGCCUGAGAAGUGUAGUAGAUUAUGGAAUGAUACGGAUUCCUUCAAUGUAUUGAGAGAAAAGAGUGGUACAGAAACCAUUGAAGGCCUUGGCUUGGAUAUGCAUAUGCACUCGGUAAACACUCCUUGGGGAGAUUCAGAUGAGAUGGUCUUUAAAACUACUGCAUUUGCAAAGAUGCCCAAACUAAGACUACUCCAUCUUAGUCAUGUACGAUUUAAGGGAUGCUAUGAAGAAUUUCCGAAAGGAUUAAGGUGUUGGCUUGAAUUUCCUUUGAAAUCUCUACCCAGUGAUCUUCCUUUAGAGCGCUUGGUUUAUCUAGAACUGCCUCAUAGUAACGUGAGACAGGUGUUUAAGGGAAUAAAGUACCUUCCCUCUUUGAAGAACGUUGAUCUAGGUCAUUCCCAUUGCCUUACUGAAAUCUCUAACUUCUCGCUGGUCCCCAAUUUAGAAAGUCUUGUUCUUGAAGAUUGUUCGAGCUUGGUUGAUGUCCAUGAGUCCAUUGGAAACCUAAAUAGACUAGUUUACUUGAAUUUGAAAGGUUGCAAAAAGAUUAGGAAGCUUCCAAAGAAUCUUUUUAAUCUCCAGUCACUUGAUACACUUCCUCUAUCUGGCUGCUCAAAUGUCAAAUCUCAAUGAGUUUUGGACAGAAUUGGGGAAGAUGAAGUCUCUAAAAGUGCUAGAGGUAGCCGAAAUUCCAAUAAGUCAAGUGUUCAUGACUACCACUGGAGAGGUCAAACCACGCAUAGGGAGAAAUUUAGAAAGUUUGUGGUCUUUCUUACCACGUUGUUUAGCACAUUUAAGCAUCAGGAGUUGCAGUCUUUCUGAUGAGGCUUUUCCCAAGGAUUUUGGUCACCUACACUCAUUAGAAUUCUUAGGCCUAAGCAAAAAUCCAAUUCGUGGCCUACCACAUGGUGUCCGAGGUCUUAGGGGGCUUGUUCGACUCGUUAUUACCCAGUGCUAGAGUCUCCAAACACUAAAAGGGCUACUGAGAGUAACAAAUUUCCUUGUGGUUGAUUGCAGUUUGUUGGAAAGAAUAACGUUUCAAUCAAGUUUGUGCGUACCUAUAGAAUUGCUUAGCAUGCAUAACCCCAAGCUAGUUGAGAUUGAAUGCUUAUACAAGUUCGUACCCAUUGCCAGAUGUGAUGCAGAAACCAUCAAACUCUUGGGUUUGUGCAACUUGAAAUUCAAGGGAAUUACCAUUUGAAUGUUAUUCCCAAGCAGGAAUAGCAUAUUUGAUGAGGUCUAUAAGUAUCACAUCCAGGUACUAUAUGAAUAUGGUAUAAUCAGCACGUUUCUUCCUGUGAAUGUGGUGCCAGGACAAUUCAGCCAUAAAAAUAGAGGCUCUUGUUCAAUAUCUUUUACUGUGCCUUGUUCUAACCUCAGGAUUCGAGGCUUGAAUAUCUUCUCUGUAUAUACAGUCAAUGAUGGUGAUUUAGAUCCUGGUUAUAGUUGUGACAAAAUUAGUCCAAUAGUCACCAAAGUCCAUAAUAAGAGCAUGGGAAUGAAGUGGAUCUAUGACCCGUCCUUAAUCGGCUUUCCGGAUUUAGGAGAAGACAUGAUAUUCUUAAGCCAUUGGAGUUUGGGGAAUGAACUGAAAGGUGGUGACCAAGUCAUAGUUUCAAUGUUCAUGAGAUCUUUGUUUCAAGUGAAUGAGUGGGGCAUCCAGCUUGUACACGAGCAACACCAAGAUCAAGAGAAGAUGAUUAUGAUUGCCCAACAAGACGACAACGCAGUUCCUUCUUUUCCGUCUGUCGUUUUUGGACGUUUGCCAGAAUUUGAGAUGAUACCAAGAACAUACUUUCUCUCCAAUGGACCAUUAUCAAGGAGAACAUUGACAUUUGGGCAUUGGAGGGAGUCGGAUUUGUUUGAUGACAUAUUUGGGGAUGGGGACUCACACUACUCUGAUGAAGAAACAGACAAACAAGUGCUGCAACAAGGUUCCAGAACAAAAUCCAAAAGGUUGAACGACGAAGUAGGCUGCGCAAGUAUCAUGUCCUGUUCAUGUUACGUGUCCUCUAUGACAAUACACUACUGGCAAGUUGUGCAACUUAGGAUUAUGGGCAUGUAUGAUUAGGUUUUUUAUGUUGUGUUUAUCCCUGAACGCAAGAGUACAUGUAGUUACCAGUCUUAUAGGGUACCUACACCUGAGAAAGCAGACAGCGAAUGUUGGAGGGAGGCAUUUGCUCGACAUGAAGAAAAUCAUCAAUCAAGGUCAGACACUGUUGGAGAAUACAAUACAAAUACAAUUUUGGAAUAUCAUUGAAAGUUGAGCUUCAAUCUUUCUUUUUUUUCUUUAUGGUCGUUUUCAAUCUUGCUUAGAAAAACAAUAUUUGGUAUACAUAUAUGUUAACGCCUUUGUGAAACC